UGUUGGCUUCUAAAUUGUAAAUCGCUCAUGUGAUGUCAACAUGAAAAAUCGUUAAAUUUUGAUAAAAAUAUCCAAUAAUCUAUUUGGUAUACUUUUGACAGAAACCAAGUGAAAUGUUUUUGCCUUUCUAACAGUGAACUAUGAUUUUUACUCCGUCACAAUAUAUAACAAUGCUAACGGUUUACAUAUAAUUUACAUUAAAAGUGUUUUUAAAGUCGGAAUUUUACAGAGAAUAAUCACAUUUCCAGUAGACGGCAACAAUGUUCCAUAAAUUUAAUUAUUUAAUAUUGUACGGAGAAACGUAAACUAAUUUCGUAUACUGAAUUGUGAAAAGUGGUGCCAAUGGCUUUAAACGAGUGGUUCCUGAGGUUUUUCCAUAACCACGACAUCAUGGCUCCGUUUCAGAGGUUCUACCGGGCCAUGGUCCUUAAAAUGAAUCAACAUGAGGACGAGGCGACGACGUCUGGCGUGACUGAUGGAGUCCCCGGUGAACAGCAGAACCGGGUCAUCUUUAUGAACAGCCAGCAGCCGAUCAAGUUCGUCUCUAACAGGAUAUCCACUGCCAAGUAUAGUGUGCCCUCCUUCAUCCCGCUGUUCCUGUUCGAGCAGUUCCGCCGGUACUCCAACUGCUUCUUCUUGCUGAUCGCGCUGCUGCAACAGAUCCCGGACGUGUCUCCCACCGGCCGCUGGACCACCCUCACCCCUCUUAUACUCAUACUCAGCGUCAGCGCACUCAAGGAAAUUGUGGAGGACUUCAAACGUCACCGAGCAGACGAUGAGACGAACAGACGGAAAGUGGAGGUGCUGCGGGAGCAACGCUGGGAGAUGAUCCGGUGGGAGCGGCUGCAGGUCGGCGACAUAUGCAAGGUGGUCAACAACCAGUUCUUCCCGGCUGACCUCGUGCUGCUCGCUUCCAGCGCACCGCAGGGCAUAUCGUUCAUCGAGACGUCGAAUCUGGACGGAGAGACAAACCUGAAGAUCAGGCAGGCGCAGCCGGAGACCAGCCGCCUGGACUCCGCCACCGCCCUCGCCGACUACCACGCCACGCUGCAGUGCGAACCGCCCAACAGGCACCUCUACGAGUACAAUGGGAAGCUCACGCCCUCCAACACCAAGUCCAUCCCGCUGGGUCUGGAGCAGAUGUUGCUGCGCGGCGCGAUGCUGCGGAACACCGCGUGGGUGCACGCAGUCGUCGUCUACACCGGACACGAGACCAAGCUCAUGAAGAACUCCACCAAGGCACCUCUGAAGCGGUCAUCCAUCGACCGACAGACAAACACACACAUCCUGAUGCUGUUCCUCAUCCUGCUGGCGCUGUCGCUGCUCAGCGCCGCCUUCAACGAGCUCUGGAUACGGUCGCACAACGACUGGUACAUCGGUUUGGAAGAAGCGCAGAAGGCACACUUCGGAUUCAACUUUCUAACGUUCCUGAUAUUGUACAACAACCUGAUACCGAUAUCUCUGCAAGUCACCGCCGAAAUCGUGAGGUUUUUCCAAGCAAAAUUCAUUGCAAUGGACAGUGAGAUGUACCAUGAAGAGACCGACACGCCGGCGAUGGCGCGCACCUCCAACCUGAACGAGGAGUUGGGCAUGGUGAAGUACAUCUUCAGCGACAAGACCGGCACGCUCACCUGCAACGUCAUGAAGUUCCACAAGUGUUCCAUUGGGGAGAUAAUUUACAAUCGUCCCGGACCGAAUGAGAAGUUGGAAGAUACGUUACUGUACCAGAAUCUCAACAAGAACCACCCGACGGCGCCCAUCAUCGAGGAGUUCCUCAUCAUGCUAGCCAUCUGCCACACCGUCAUCCCGGAGCAGCGGAACGGGAAAAUUGAGUACCAGGCUGCAUCACCAGACGAGCGCGCGCUGGUGCUGGGUGCGGCCGCGUUCGGGUUCGAGUUCGAGUCCCGCGGCGCCGGCUGCGUCAGCGUGCGCGCGCGCGGCCGCCGCCUCCAGUACCGCGUGCUGCACGUGCUCGACUUCACCUCCGCGCGGAAGCGCAUGUCCGUGCUCGUGCGCACGCCCACAGGCGAGCUGAAGCUGUACUGCAAGGGCGCGGACUCCGUGAUCUACCCGCGGCUGGCGGGCGGGCGGGCGGCCCCCCGCGCGGACGCCACCCUCGCGCACCUCGAGCUGUUCGCGGCCGACGGGCUGCGCACGCUGGUGCUGGCGGUGGCGGACGUCUCCGAACAGUUCUACCAGGUGAGGGUACUAUACGGACGCACCCUCGCGCACCUCGAGCUGUUCGCGGCCGACGGGCUGCGCACGCUGGUGCUGGCGGUGGCGGACGUCUCCGAACAGUUCUACCAGGAUUGGUCGAAUACCUACCACAAGGCGAGCAUAGCGAUACAGGACCGCGAGCAGAAGUUAGAGGAGGCGGCCAUGCUCAUAGAGAACAACCUGCGACUGCUCGGCGCCACCGCCAUCGAGGACAAGCUUCAGGACGGCGUUCCGGAGACGAUAUCAGCCCUGCUGAAGGCGAACAUGUACGUGUGGGUACUCACGGGCGACAAGCAGGAGACAGCCAUUAACAUCGCGCACUCAGCGCACCUCAUACACCCCGCCAUGCCGCUAGUGGUGCUCAACAAGGACAGCCUCGACGGCACUCGCGAAACCAUAUCUCAGCAAUCGGCGGAGUUCGGUGAGAACUUGCGGAAACAGAACGAGGUGGCGCUGAUCAUCGACGGCAAGACCCUCAAGUACGCGAUGGGCUGCGACCUCAAGAAGGAUUUCCUCGAUCUGUGUAUAUCCUGCAAGGUUGUCAUCUGUUGCCGAGUAUCGCCCAUACAGAAGGCCGAGGUGGUGGAGAUGGUGUCGGCGGCGACGGGCGCGGUGACGCUGGCCAUCGGCGACGGAGCCAACGACGUCGCCAUGAUACAGCGCGCCUCCGUCGGGGUCGGCAUCUCCGGCGUGGAGGGGCUGCAGGCCGUCUGCGCCUCCGACUACAGCAUCGCGCAGUUUCGUUUCUUACUGCGACUGUUAUUGGUGCACGGCGCGUGGAACUACUCCCGUAUCAGCAAGCUGAUCCUCUACUCGUUCUACAAGAACAUCUGCCUCUAUGUCAUCGAGCUCUGGUUCGCUAUAUACUCGGCGUGGUCCGGUCAGAUCCUGUUCGAGCGUUGGACGAUAGGUUUCUACAACGUGAUAUUCACCGCACUGCCACCCUUCGCUAUUGGACUCUUCGAUAAAUUGUGUUCACCUGAAAUUAUGUUAAGGCACCCGGUGCUGUACAUCCCGUCGCAGCAGGGCCUGCUGUUCAACGUGCGCGUGUUCUGGGUGUGGGCGGUGAACGCUCUGCUGCACUCGGUGCUGCUGUUCUGGCUGCCCGUGCUCCUCACGCAGCACCACGCGCUGUGGCCCAGCGGACGCGACGGGGGGUACCUCGUGCUGGGGACCUUCGUCUACACGUACGUGGUGCUGACUGUGUGCCUGAAGGCGGGGCUGGCGACGCACUCGUGGACGUGGGUCACGCACGUCGCCAUCUGGGGCUCCGUCGCCAUGUGGUUCAUAUUCAUACUCAUCUACAGUAACCUGUACCCGGUGGUGUUGAUCGGCGCGGUGAUGCGCGGCAUGGACCGCAUGGUGUUCAGCUCGCUGCUGUUCUGGCUCGGGCUGGUCCUCAUACCCAUCGCCACCCUCGUGCCGGACCUACUAGUCACUGUUAUCCACAACUCGGCGUUCAAGACAAUGACGGAGGCGGUGCGAGAGAGCGAGAUAAAACAACGCGAUCCAGCCGCUCUGCUCGCACACUCGCGGCCCUCCCUCACGGAGACGGCGCGGCUGCUGCAGAACGUGCGCAGCGUAUUCAGCCGCCGCUCCGCCACCCAGUCCAACAUGGAGCUCGAGCUGUCGCAUGGCUUCGCUUUCUCACAAGAAGAGGGCGGCUCGGUGUCGCAGGCGGCGAUGGUACGCGCGUACGACAGCGAGUGCCCGCAGCCGAGUGCGGCCAGCUCCUGAGCUGACGCCGUGCGGCGCCGCUCGCCGCUCUUCACCAUCUGCUGAGCCCAGUGGCCACACACAUCACGCGUACAAAAUACUCCCAUACAUUUUGUAACAUACAUAACAUCAAACUGUUGAUUUACACGUGAAACAGUGUAUCUAUACAAGAAUUAUUUCUCAAUAAUCUAAUUCAUUUUCUUCAUAUAAUGUAUAUGUGUAAAGCAUUAAUAAUGUGUAAUAUCUAUUCUAUUUAUACUGAAUAGUAUACGUUUAUGCAUUUUUAGAUGCAUCUGAAUGUAUAAUUGUGGGGACACGGUUGGUUAUACACUAAUACUCGGGCACAGGGAAUGCUGUUAUUACAAACGUUGUAUGUGGGAUUGGAUGUAAUGAUAAACGCUUUAUGUUGAGCUAAAUUAUAGAGAAACAGAGACGAGACGUAGCGAAUGGAAGAAGGAGAAAGGAAACAAAACGUUUGUCAAAUGGGAGAAUGGAGUGUAGACAGAAUAUUCUUCGAGUCUUGUUUGCUUUCUACUCCUUUCUCUCACUACUCUCUUUCCAUUUCACCUAUCAUUACAAUUCAAUUAAUAAUUUCAUGCAAUGCUUCGUGUAUAGUUGAACAAUUUUAGGUAUUCGGAAUACAUACAGAAAUGUGUAUUAAUUUUUCGAUUGAAGUACCAAGAUACUGGUAUAUUUAUAUAUAUUUAAAACUGUGUUCUUAACCUCACUUCCGUAUGGAAAGCUUACAAAAGAUUAUAAAGCAAAAGACACGACAUAAACUGCUUUAAAAAUUAAAUUAUUUAUUAAAAGUCUUAAGCUAAAAAUAUUGAUGUGGGAUACAUAUAAGUGGCCUAUUCUCCUAUAUUUUGCAAUACAAUUAUAUAUGUUAUAUGUACGUAUGCAAAAGGCUUGCCAAUAGUGACGGGUAUACGGUA